AUGCAGAGGUAUUGGUGGCCAGGUUACAAGUCACAGCUUCUUGCAGAGCUGCAGAAGCAACAAAACCAAACCCAGUUUUGUGAUAUCCUGUUGCAAACUGAAGGUACGAGUCAGCAGAUAGUAGUGCAACAGAUGAUAGAGGCCACACAGAUAUCCUUCAAGGUAAAAAGAUUGUUGGUUUUUAAAAUUUUUUUUACAGGUAUCUCAGUCCCGGCCCACAGUUGCAUCCUUGCAGCUCUUAGUCCCUAUCUUUCACAGAAACUGUCGGCAUCCCCAUCUCCUUUAGAGGUCCAGCAUCGCCAGCUUCAGCUGCAGGCCCUGAACUCCCAGACCCUGCGGAAGAUUGUUGGUCUACUGUACUCUGGAGAGGUAGAAGUAAGAAGGGGCGUGGAGCAGAGGGAAGUACUAUCUGCAGCCUACCAGUUGGGGAUCACAGAGCUCGUUGAAAGACCGAUAGAUUGGGAGGUGAAGGGGGUAGAACGUCCACAGAAGGAUUUUCAGAGCUGCAGAGAUAAAGAGGAAGAAGAAGGCAGAGAAAGAAAUGAUGGACAAAACAUGCAGGAUACAGAAGUACAGUCAGAUAUUGCUGACUGGAGAGCUGCAGAUUCUCUCACUGAAAAGACAAGCUGUGCAUCUAAAGACACAGAAACGGUUGCAACUGAUGAAAGGGCCAUGAGCGCACCUUGUAACCACUUCAGCCAAACUGAAGCUUCAAAUCAAGACCCUGCAUCCUCUUCACCUCAGAGUCCAAGAAGAAGUGAUGUGAAGUCUGCAUUGGAUGAAUCGUCAAACCCCACGUCUACUUUAGCUUCGUUCAGUGAUGUCAUGGCCGUUUCACUCGAUAAUGACUCAAACUCACUGACACCUCAGAAAUCCAGCACACAUCAGCUGUCAUCUGAGAGAGAAACUAAUGACAAGAUGCUGUACAGCAGAGGAAACAGAGAGAACAUGAGCUUCCACAUCCCAAGAUAUGAGGUGCUAAAAGCUGGAGGUGGAUGCGCUGCAGAAGAAAGACAAGGUUUUGCAAAUGCUAGGAUUAGGGGCCUGACUAGGACGGAGAUGGUGCAACAGAUGAUGGAGGCCACACAGAUAUCCUUCAAGGUAAAAAUAUGUUUUUUUAAAAUUUUUUUUUUAUCACAUAACCUGGAAUUGUUUCUGCACAGUUAUGCAUGCAUUUACAACUCACAAAGAUUAGCUUAGAAUACAAAGUGAUUGUGAGCUUGUCAGUGACAGAUUUACAAGGGUUGGACAAUGAAACCAAAACGCCUGGUUUUAGACCACAAUAAUUCGUUAGUAUGGUGUAGGGCCUCCUUUUGUUGCCAAUACAGCAUCAAUUCGUCUUGGGAAUGACAGAUACAAGUCCUGCACAGUGGCCAGAGGGAUUUUGAGCCAUUCAACAGUGGCCAGGUCACUACAUGAUGUUGGUGGAGGAAAUGUUUCCUGACUCACUCCUCUAAAAAACCCCAAAGUGGCUCAAUAAUAUUUAGAUCUGGUGACUGUGCAGGCCAUGGGAGAUCUUCAACUUCACUUUCAUGUUCAUCAAACCACUCUGUCACCAGUCUUUCUGUGUGUAUUUGUGCAUUAUCAUCCUGAUACACGGAACCGCCUGCAGGAUACAGUGUUUGAACCAUUGGGUGCACAUGGUCCUCCAGAAUGGCUCGGUAGUCCUUGGCAGUGAUGCACCCAUCUAGCACAAGUAUUGGGCCUAGGGAAUGCCAUGAUAUGCAGCUCAAACCAUCACUGACCCACCCCCAUGCUCCACUCUGGGCAUGCAACAGUCUGGGUGGUACGCCUCUUUAGGGCUUCUCCACACCGCAGCUCCCCCAGAUGUGGGAAAGACAGUAAAGGUGGACUCAUCAGAGAACAAUACAUGUUUCACAUUGUCCACAUCCCAAGAUUUUCACUGUUGGCACCAUUGAAACCGACGUUUGGCAUUGGCACGAGUGAGCAAAGGUUUGGCUAUAGCAGCCCGGCCAUGUAUAUUGACCCUGUAGAGCUCCCGGCGGACAGUUUUGGUGGAAACAGGAGAGUUGAGGUGCACAUUUAAUUCUACAGUGAGUUGGGCAGCUGUGGUUUUCUGUUUUUUGGAUACAAUCUGGGUUAGCACCCGGACAUCCCUUUCAGACAGCUUCCUCUUGCGUCCACAUUUACUCCUGUUGGAUGUGGUUUGUCCUUCUUUACCCUGGAUACCGUGGCUUUUGAUACAUCACAAAGUUUUGCUUUCUUGGUCACAGAUGCGCCAGCAAGACGUGCACCAACAAUUUGUCCUCUUUUGAACUCUGAUAUGUCACCCAUAAUACUGUGUUCAUGGCAAUAUUUUGAGCAAAACUGCUAUUACUCUGCUAACUGAACCCUCACACUUUGCUCUUACUGGUGCAAUGUGCAAUCAAUGAAGAUUGGCCACCAGGCUGGUCAAAUUUAGCCAUGAAGCCUACAACACUAAAUUGGCAGGUGUUUCAGUUUCAUCGUCCAACCCCUGUAUAUUGCCUGUAGCAAGGGUGGUUCAAGCCUGUUCAAGUGUUAAAACCUCCUCCUUUCACUCAGAGCAGACAUCUGAAAGUGCAGCCACUGCUUUAAAAACGUGUGUAAUUCACUAACAAAUAAAAGAGGAAAUAAAACAAUAGUGUUUUUUUUCUUUCAUGAUGAGAUUCUUAAGUUUCUUCUCUGACGUGUUUCUGAUGUCUAUAGGCUGUCAAAACAAAUGAAUGUGAACCUGACUGAGAUUUUUUGCAUGUGCAUCCUUCCCUCUGUGUAGGUGAAGCUGAGGAGGAGGACCAAAGAAGAACUGUGGGAGGUUGUUAACCUGCAAGACAGAGAUGAGACCUUGGCUGCCAAUAGUUCUGUGCCACAGGUGAAUAAGCAUGACUCUGUCAUAUACAGGCAUACUUGUACUCUAGUACACCUGUGUUUUGUUUUGUUUGAUUUUUCCCAUGCAGCGAAAAAUAAACAGUGACUAGAAUCCCUUCAUCUUUCAGGUGCUCAUAAAUACACAGUAGGGAUGUACCUUUUUAAACGUACUUUAAGGUCGUGUUCGCACCUAAAGGUCCGUUUCAUGAUUCAAAUCCAGGCAAGACGAUACAUUUGUUUUGAUUGUUUAACUGGUCCAGUUUGCGUUCACAAAGGACAAACUCAAUCACUCCAGAAAAUGGAACCGUAAGUCACGUGACCGCAAACAUCGUUCGGUUAUUGGUCAUUAGUUUAUGCAGGAAUACAAACCCCGCUCUGCUGUCUUCGCCUGUCAUGGAGCAUCGUAGGCUGAUUUUACUUUUGCUACUCAUCUGGAGCGCGUAUCAAAAGAUGCUAGUCGAUCGCGCAUAUGAUCGCUCGUUAGCCAGUGGGUGCAAACAGUGGCAUUAAUUUAUACAUUCCAGAGUAGACAUGCUGCAAACAACAGACGGAUGAAGACGAGACAGCGACAGGCGUUAAUGAGAGCCUACCACGAUGCGUUUUCUCUCUGGUAUCAAUCGGGACAAGUGAGGUGAGCGGACAACAUUUAUUUCACAACCAGCAUUACAAAUAGCCUAGAUUUGUGUGGUGAGUUUCCUGUGAUUGGUGUGGAUGAUGUGAAAUGAACCGCUCCAGAGUUCACUUGAUAGCGGUCCGAGACCACCUCUUCAGGCGGACCAGAGUUCGUUUAUUUGGUCCGCACAGAGUUCGAGGUCAGCAUUCACACCGACCCAAACGAAACGCACCAAGCGGGUGAACGCUCCAGGGUUCGGUUCAACCGGACUAAAUGAGGGUGGUGUGAACACGCCCUAAGACCCACUCCGAUGAAAAUCAUGUUUUUCUCAUUGUCUACAUGUUCAUAUGGCAUUUUUCUGAUGCUGCAGGACAUAUCACGAGAAAAAUAAGUGCAAAAUUGCAUUUCUGAGUAUUUCUGCAUCUAAAUCGCUGUGAAUCUCUGGCAGACCCAAAUCCAAGCAAAUCCAAGCUCCACCCCUUGAGCCUGUGCAAGCCAGACUCGGAGGAGUAGAGAGGACAAUCGCGAAGCAAGCGUGUGCAUUAGUGGAUCGCAAUGCUCGUUAGAAAGCUAAUUAUGAUAUUAGAUUUCAACAUGUCCCUAAAGACAUUCGUGUCGGAGAGAUGAAUAGCUCCUAUGUUACCUGUCACUUCUACUUCACUGGCAAUAUUAGGCUGCAAGCUAGCAUGAGGAGGAGUGUGCAGAGCAGCACUGUCUCUGCCCACGACUCAGAGGCGAAUUGCUAAUGAUCUACUGGAGCUCUGUAGAAGAAAAACCUUUGAAAAUGACACAGGUAACGUGAUUUUGGCUAAAAACAUCAUAAUCACAAUUUAAAGACCACUGAGAACACUUUAAGUAGUAAAAAAAUGACUGGAGUGGGACUUCAAAGGACAGAGUUUCCGAGAGGCCGAUUAUUGAUGAUGAAAGAUUUUUCACUCGCUGUUUUGUGGAGCUCUGAAACUUGAUAGAGAUUUUUUUUUUUAAUGUGAGUGGAUGAUGUUUCAAAAAAUGUCACAUCACAUUUUUUGAGCAGAAUCAUGAUCUCAGUAUUAUUCAUCAAUUUGUUUAAUUAUUAUUUUCAAGACUAUUUUACCACAACCAAACAAAUUUCUUAAUUCAACAAUGUAGUCCUAACAGACAAAUGAAUAACAUAACAUUGAGUAUGGAGUACCUUGCUGAAAAGAGUUAAUUAGUCUGUGCUAUUUAACUCAAACUGAACUCAGCUAAAGCCAUGGGAUCUUUUUUGUCUUUGUCUCAAGGAUGACUCCAACCUGAAGAGGCCACAGACAGGCCCUUCCAAUGAUGAAUCCCCACCCUCAUCUCUUCAGCCAGGUUCAAAUCCUUUACCAAAAAACCAAAUUCUUCAACGCGCCAGCAGCUCCGCUGAACCACCCCCACCUCUCUCCAACUUCUCCUCUGACUCUCUGAUUCCGUCUAGCGACUGCUUCACACCCAACCAAAAUGAUAGUCAUGAGUCGGUGUCACUUCCUUGGCCUUUGGAUUACUCCGACGGGCAGAUUGAGAGGCUGCUGGAGGAUGUAGUGACAGGUCUGAACAUCCUACCAAACUUAGAAAAGGACUCCAAAGGGUCUCAUCAUCAUCAUCAUCAUCAUCUUCCUGCAGCUAACACCUGCCAGAUUCAACUUCGAAGGAAUGACGGAGGAUGGGUGCAAGCUGGUUUAGACAAGUAUGGGUGCUGCCAGGAUUGUAAGUCACAAAUUGGUCUCUCUUCAGCAUAUACAGGUAGAUUUGAUUGUUUUCGUUUUCUCUUAAAAAGUAUAAAUUAUCAAGAUGUGCUUGGUAGUGUUUUGUCGAAUGCUUCAUUUAUAAAUGAUAGAUUCAGGUGCUUUAGUAAAUGGCUCCUACCACUGAAAGAGGCUUUAAGUUUAAAGGUCCUUUCACACCGGGACCGUUUUUGUCGUGCGAUUUUUUUGGACGUCAAUAUUUUUUUUCGAACCCGUAUCCUGUCAAUACAAGCGUUCACAUCAGCGACGUUUUCCCGUCCUGCAAUAUUGCGGCAUUUAUUUUUCGGAUCAUGGUCGAUUUUUCUAAAGUUUAGCAUACUGUGUGUCCACUUCUGACCAAUCAGAUUGCGUGUUGUUGCGACGCCUGAUUCACUGGUAUAUCCAACAUAUCCGACCGGCUGAUUAUUUAUGUGUUGGAAAACAGAGUGCUUUUUGAUAAAAGACACAAACAUUACAAAGAUAAUGACCUGAAGGACAACUUGUGGAGAGUCAUAGCAUCGGAUUUCUGAUAUGACGAUGGUUUGUGUGCUUUAACAGUUUGCUAAACGUCUUUGUUUUAACUUUCAUCUGUGCUAACGUUAGCUACCGGUUGUUACCAUAGUUUAAUCUGCUUAUCUGGUACUGGCCCCGACUCAGUACAUGCUAUCAUGACAGACAGCCAUCUCAACACUAGUGUCUAGUCCUCUGCCUUUUCAAACUUGGAGCUAAUUGUUUCAGCAGAACUUCAAAUUGUCCGACGGACAUUAGAAAUUAGGUUCUGAAGCGACCGUGGUACAGUUUCAGCUCCUGAACUUUUUUUAAAUAUUGGAUGCAUCCAUGUGCUACGUUUUUUUUUUUUUUUGAGAAAGCAAAAGGAGUACCAAUUCGCCAUCACUUGAAGUUGAAGUAGACUCCAUUUUUGUCUUUUCGUUUCCACCCGGGAUGCUGAGAAGUGCUGCGAAGGAGGCGGGACUUUCCCCCGGAAAAGUCUUCCCCGGGAUGCGUCUUUUCCCCCCCAGAUAGUUGCAAAAUCGCAUCGGGCUUGAUUUGUAUAGCCAGGCGCGUUAAAAUUCGCCUCAGAAAAUUUCGUGAUUUCAUGUUCUAUAUUCGUGACGGCCCCGGUGUGUAAGGACCUUAAGAAUUAAAAUAAAAAAUAAAAUAGGCAUAGGAUCAUAUUUUUUAAUAACUCAACCCUAGACUGAAAUAAUAGUAUUACUCUUAUGUUUAUACCCCUGCUAGUUUGUAUUGAUUUGUAAUAAUGACUCCUGAGAAGUUUCAGCUGUUUCUAAAACUGACUGGAAUUUAAAAGUAAUGCUUCUUAACGAUGCCCCCAAAAGUGUCUGUAAUACUGCUGUUUUGUCAUAUAAUGUUGAUUUUAAUGCCUGUAACCACUGAGGAGGAAGUUAGUGGAUGAUGCAGCUUACAUCAUGGUGAGGGAAACCCCCGUUUAAACUUUUCCACUGCAGAUAUGAACGGCUGGAAAAUCGUCUGGGUAGAACAGCACAAACUCUUUCUUUGUCCGUCGUUACCUCAAGUGACAACUUUGUCCCAAAAAGAGGUUUUUCACAGGAGCUUUAAGUUAUUGACUAUUUAAAUCAUAUUUGAGUGUUUUUAGAGCUUAACUUUUCAGUCAAAGUUAGUUUGAAUGUACCUGAUGAAACACAAAGUUUACUGGAACCGCACACCAUGCUUUUAAUGGUAUUAGACUCAAACCCUUACACCACUCACCGCAGCUUUUUACAUCCUACAAAGAGUGGUAAUGACUGCAGUCUUUCUACCUGUAGUGAAGCCGUCCGUUGUUUUGUUACAGAUCAGAUCCAGCCAAGCUGCUCAUGUCUUUUGUACAUUCAGCCGGAUGAAUCAAACCAGCAGCAGCAGCAUUUUCCUUGGUAUCAGUCCGUCACAUCCAUGGAGCAAAGAGAUGAACCAAACCUGCAGGGAAUGACAUCAGUCAUACCCACAUCCUUCAACUCCAGAGGGCAAAUCCUACAUCACUCAGAGUGCAAUGAGCAAUCCACACAAGAGGCUCAACACAUCCCUGAGGUUUCGCCCCUGAUCAACAGAAAUCAGACACAACCUUCAUGUUCUUUUUCCUCACCACGCCCUGAAGAUUUUCACCUUCCUCUGUCUCCAUGCUUAUCCCCGCUGGUCUCACCCACACCCGCACCAGAGCGUCAGCCCAGUUUUAGCAACUCAUCUCUGUGCUUGCCGGCAUGGCUGGCUGAAGCUCCGGCAUCAUUACAGUUCCCUUUGAAUGCCAUCACUCACGAAGAAAAGAAAAGUGGAUCUCUGUCAAAAACUAAAAACAGCAGCUGUCGGGGAAAAAAAGGUCGGACGCGGGUUCGAGAAAAGAAAAGAAGAACCCUGGAAGAAUUACGUAACGUGAAAGAGAAAGCAACGAUAUCAAAAAGCCGUCACAAUGUGGCAGAAAGAAAGUCCGUCCAGGAGAUGGAGAAAGGAGUGACAUACAAACAAAGUGACACAAAAAAAGCACCUAAAAGGAGAAAGUGCACUAAUACUCUUGCUGACUUUUCUCUUUUCUGCAAAAAAAUGAAAGCCAAUGAUGAGACAUUCAGGUCAUUAAACCUGAGUGAUUGUUCAGUCAGUAUGUCGAGCAAUAACGUGCUCUUCAAGGAGAGAGAAAUGAAUACCAGUUCUUCAAGCAAACCUGUGAAACUUGCAGGAAAACUGAGUGAACCACCAACCAUCACAGAAAGUCAGACGGAGAAAACCAGAGGACCCUCGGGUCUGCUGAAGGAAGCUGAAGGAGAAAGAAAGGACCCAGAGACUGAAUGUGAGGAGGUAACUGGUGUUCCUCAUGAGAACACUGUGGAGAUUGAGGAGUCUCACAACAUUGACAUUGUCACAGUUGACACAAAUCACAAUUGGGUUUCAAACAAAUCAGCUGAGUUUGUUGAGUCCCAGCGAAACGACACGCAAAGCUCUACUGAAGAGGCCUCAUUGUUUGAUCAAGAGCAACAGUCAGUGUUUUCCUUCAGUGAUUUAGGAGAAGAGGUGAAGAAGUUGGCGACGGAGCCGACACUGACCAACCUGUUUGAAGGUAAAGUGUUAGUCCCUGUGGUUUUGUCGGGAAAAAAAGAGUAAGAUUUUCCAGCCACUGAAUUAGUGUGACAGUAGAAACUAGAUAGAGAGUAAUAGACACUGGCGCCAUCUGGUGGCCAAACAUGUAAUUGAUGCUGAUGAUUGAUGUAAAUGCAAAAUGUAGAUGUUCUUUAUUUAUACAGCCCUUUACAACAACCCUUUCGGUAAACUAAAGUGCUUUACAAUACAUAGUAAAUAAAAAUAAAUGGUAAAAAGCAAUAAAAACAAAAAAAGCAAUGAAAGCAAGUUCAAGUUUUCUCACUUGCUGAACAAAAACUGCAACAGUCUUAGAGAACCUGCAUCUUAGUGUUGUUUAAACAAUAUGUAUUUCAUGAAAAGUUGCUCUCAAAUUAAAAUGCGGGUACACUUGAUUCAAAAAGAAGACCAAGAUGGCGCCGCAGCAGGGAACUGUAUUUUUCUAUCUCACCUUUCAGGUCUGGUGUGAAUUGGUGGCAUCAUGGCGGUCUAAAGUGUACUUUACAGUGUCUGGACUGGAUCUCAUGUUCUUGGCUGUACUUAACCAUGAUCACACAUGACAGUGAUUACACAAGUAAUUUGACUUCUUCUGUGAAGGAUCAUGAUUAUGUGACAUUGACAGUAAAAAAAGACCCAUCUUGUUUUUUGUAAGGAAAAUCCCUGUAGUGUCUCUAUUCUAUGGUUUAUAGAGCAUUGUGAUAACUUAGGUAAUUUAUUUAUUUUAAUUGAUCAUUUAACAAAAACAACUAAAACCUCUCAAAAUGCCUAGAGUUGUAACCAUUAUAGCCACCACUGUAUGUUAAUGUUUUUCUUCAGAAUAAUAUAAAAAAUAAAUCUGAGCAGGCCUACAAGCCUGGACUAUCAAUGCUACACUUGCUGCACUAAACAAUGUAAAAUUAUGUAAAAUAUUUCUGAGUUUUUCUUAAAAAAAAAAAAAAAUGUAUAUCCUUCACUGUACAGACGAUCUGCAAAAGCAAGAGUUAACUUAGAACAACGCUGAAGUGAUGUUUUCUAAUGUAGGAGCUUAUGGUCAAGGUAAUUAAUCUCAACAGUUUGUGGUUUCUUGAUAUGCUGCAGCAUGAAAUGGAUAAAUAAUUCUUUGUCAUUAUUAUACUUACAUGAUCUUCUCAUUUGAACAGUUUGUACUUUCAUUUAUUUGUACCCUGAGACUGUGUGAAUAGUUUUAGAAAGCAAAAUUAUCUUUGUCAGAAAUAACAUGCAACCACAAACUGCUGGUUUUUGUUGCAUACCAGAAAUUUCUGGUUUUAGUCGAGGCAUCCUCUGUGAAAAGUCUUGGCAGAGACUGUUGGAUUUGUCAUCCUAAAGUCAAACAAACUCUUAAUAACCUCUCUUCCUUCUUCUCUUUUAGCACAAGCUUGUGAUGAAGCCGUUUCAGACACAGCACAGUUGGAGACCAAUAGUGACAGCGCCUCUCACAUUGGUCCCCACUGGCCUCAAGUAGAUGGUAUUGUUCCGGACCACAAUUUGAACCUUGAGACUACUCACAGAACAUGCCUUCCUCUGUUGGAUGGCUGUAUGAGUAACAAGAUCUCAGGCUGUGCUCCAGAGGAAAUAGAGAAAGAGGAGGAAGAUGAGGAGGUGGACGUUCUGCUUCUCUCCCCAGAGAGAGUGCCUCAAAGCAGAGAUUGUGAGAAUGGACUGGAAAAUGUGGAUCCCAGCCCAGAGGAGGAUGAGGAUGAAGAUGCGAGGGAGGUCGAUGUGACUGGAGAUGAGGCAGAGUAA